AUGUUCACUAAUUCAACCAUCGUUCUACGAGGAUGUUUACACCGUAACUCUCCAAUCUACGGCCGGUGCCGAUGCCGAUGCCGGUUCCAAGCUCGAUUCCACAAUUCGUCCAGAUUCGCUUCUUCUAGACACAGAGAUGCGGAGCUCAACGAACAACGCCUUGCUGAAAGAGCCUUCGACAACAGACAAUCGCCUCCUCAGCAGCCCACGGCAUCAAUCAGGCUGCCGGAGCCAGAUGCCUCUACGCACUCAACCGUUGAAGCUCAUUCGCCUGUAGAACCUAGCGGACAGUCGGUGGGCAAGCAGACGGAGGAUCUAGAUCACAGGUUACGAAGCGUCGAAUACCACGCGACAAGGAUCUUUGGCCACAUAGACAGACCCAUUUCCAAACAUCUCGUCGCACUCAAGCGGCCAGGCCCGCAGGCGGUAUCCGAUCCUCAAGCACUUGGUUUGGGCAGCGCAGCUUCGCCGAAAUGGUCCUUUCCGCCGGGUUGGAGAACGAUCUCCCCUGAAACCGAGGGCAUUAGUCCGACAAAACAUGACGAAUUCCGCGCGUUUUGGUGGACGUACUACAAGGAGGUAGUUUCCCUGUGGCACGAGGGGGGUUUGCCAAAGGCACGUCAACAUUUCGAUGUACACCGACAAGUUGCUAUUACUUUCGUCGGUGAUCGCAGUCUUGAAGAGCUCCGUGAUGCCUGGACCGCGGUGCUAGAACGCAACAAGUUGCAGCUGGCGACCAUCAUGCUCGGAUGUCUGGUCGACAGUGCUCGGAGAACUCUUCUGAUGCUCUCCCUUGAUAUCCUCUUCCCUCGAGAUUGGAGACAUCGGUGUGAAUGCCUUUGUUUCUUGGAUCAGGCAUACCGAGACGAGAUCGAUGGGGACGUCUACCUCCAAGAACUAUUCGCGCAGCAAAUCGAGCGGGUCUCGCGCAUCUGGACGUGGCCCUCGGACACCAAACGUAUGCCCUGGUAUUUCCUGGUCCUUUUCCUGCGGCACAACAGCCCCGAGCAUAUCGAAAACAUCGUCGACACUAUCAUCGAGAAUUACCAGGACAUAUCACCGCGAGUCAUUUUAGUCAUAGUCGACCACUUUACGAAACUUGGCGACACCGACCGAGCACUUGAAUUCCUUUCGCGGAUCCCUCCAGAUCAGAGGGAGGAACAUAAGGUGCGAAUUCUUGAGCGUUGUGCCAACCUUAUUUCCAUCGACACAAUUGACGAGUCUGACUCUGUGGCCAACUUCAGGGCGCUCCCUAGGCUGGUUGGACUCGGCCUGCCGAUGGAUUUCAAAGUGCACAACCGCAUUCUCGAAAGAGCACUCGAGCUGGGUAGGCCUGAAGUGGCAUGGGAAGUCUUCCGGUUCAUGGAAGCUAGAGAUAUAUGUGUUGAAGCGAAUGGCUACCUUAUGCUACUCAAGAAUAGCUUUGAGCAGAAUGACCGCGAGAAGCUGGAUGCCAUGAUGUCUUCUAUCCACAGACACGAGGACCUUUACCAGUAUCCUUACCUGGUGACAUACAUGAUGAAUAUUGUGAGGGUGGUUUGCACGAUCGACCGCAAACUGUCCCCCGAGACGUCCGUCUCACAUCUCCUGGCCAUCUAUGACAGAGCUUACGACAGGACGCCUUUGGUCAAGCUUGGUAUCGUCAACGCACUUCCGCCUCAGCACACCCUGCAGAAAAGACUCGAGGAGCCUCCACCAGCAGUCCUGGGAUUCACCAUCUGGGCUUAUGUACUCUGCCAACGCGACGAACGCAUCGUGUCAGCAUUGUGGUUCUGGAUAAUGCACAUGAUCAAACAGCAGGAUGAAAGCAUUCUGGCUUGCGCCAAACAUGACGUCAUGUGGAACGGAUUCAUCCAUUUCUACGCACGAAGUCGGUUCUUUUUGAGAAAAGCGGUCUAUGUGGUUGAAGCUAUGAUCGAGCAUAAUCUAUGCAUGCCCACCGAGCGGACCUGGAGCGAAGUACUUUGCGGCUUCAUGAAACAUGGCGAGGAGGAGACUGCGGCAAAGAUCUGGCACAUGAUGGUGGCGCGGGAGGUCCAGCCAACUGAGAAGGGGUGGGCAUUCUUGCUCGAGAACUACGACCAGACUCGGCUUGCCGAUCUGGUAAAACAGUGCAUUGAUGAGCGCCAAAUGCCCGAAGGCAUGGACAAAGCCCUGGGCUGGCCAACUGCAAAUACAGCCGUCGAGAACGCACUGACAGAGGCUAAGGCAGCCCAGCAAGCCAGUCACGGUGUCGCAGAAAACGAGGGGGUUGGGGGCGAGACUGAGAUCGAAGCCGGCGAUGCAAUCCCCGCUCUUGCAGGCAGGAGUGUGUCUCAAUAG